AUGACCCUGUCCAAGAUUGCUUCAAUCACCGGCCUUCUGGCCUCCACCUCUAUGGUGGCUGCCCACGGCUAUGUCAGUGGCAUUGUUGCCGAUGGCAAAUACUACCAAGGGUUCCUUGAGGAUAGCUAUCCAUACAUGAAGGACCCUCCAGACCUCGUUGCCUGGUCCAACACUGUCACGGACCUGGGAUUCGUGGACGGCACCGGCUACGACUCCCCUGAUAUCAUCUGCCACAAGAACGGGGCGCCUGGUGCGUUGACCGCAACCGUCACAGCUGGAUCCGAGAUCGAGCUUCAAUGGACUGCGUGGCCAGAGAGUCACAAGGGGCCCAUUAUCAACUACAUCGCCGACUGCGGUGGAGACUGCAGCUCCGUGGACAAGACGACUUUGAAGUUCGUCAAGAUCGACGCGCAGGGCCUCAUCGAUGGCUCCACGGUCCCCGGUACGUGGGCCACGGAUGAGAUGAUUGCCAACAACAACACCGCGACCGUGAAGAUCCCUGCCUCAUACGCCGAUGGCAACUAUGUUCUCCGGCACGAGAUCAUCGGCCUUCACUCCGCUGCCAACUUGAAUGGUGCGCAGAACUAUCCCCAGUGCUUCAACAUCAAGAUCACUGGUGGCGGCUCCGCCAAGGGUUCCGGCACCGCUGGCGAGGCACUGUACAAGGACACUGACCCUGGCAUCAAGUUUGACCUCUACUCGGAUCUGAGCGGAGGAUACCCCAUCCCUGGCCCUGAGCUGUUCUCCGGUUAG